UAUCAUGAGGAGGCCACAAGUGCUGGCUCAGCAUGACAAGUUUCUGAGCUUCUAUAUGAUGCCUAUUCUGCAUGACAAACUGCGUUUUUGCAUGACAGAAAAGUUGGGCUCUUGAGUAACGUGCAUGACAGAUUUAAGAGUCAUGCCAGACAAGCAUGACAAACUUGCAUUCUUCCAG